AUGCAGCGCUACCUUGACUACAACUCCCAGCCCGUCUGGGCUGGCAAUGGUGUUCCAAUCUUCGACCCGUUCCUGCCAAUGCCUCGCCUCCGUGGCCACAUCACCAUCCCCUCACCCACGAGCGGCUUUGCCUUCCACCAGGCAGGUGCGACACCCGCCCCCUUCAGAUUCGAACUGCCCACGCAGUUCCCGGCUGCACCAUCCAACGCCUUCAGCUCAAACUUCCACGAUUCUACCAUGGACCCUGUCCAGCCUGCUGCAGAGCCUGUGGCCAAGGGCGAGGACCCGACCUCCUCAAUCCCAUUGAUCUGCCUGCUUUGCCCAAAGCACCCCAAAUUUUCCGACAUCUCUCACCUACUAACCCACAUUUCCUCCAAGUCCCACCUGGCAGCCCAGUUCAAGCUACAGCACUCAGGCAAGGCUGAGGACAAACAUGCCCUUGAUCAAUACAAGCUAUGGAGCGACAACAAUGGUGUGGAAAAGCUGGUCGCCAAUCGCAUUGCAGCCAAGGAGCUGAAGAAGCCUGCAAAGAGACAGAGAAUGGCAGGUAUCAAGAAAGAGACAGGGAUGGAUGUCAAGCUUGAGGCUAAUGACAACAUUGGUGCACAUUUGGAACUCGCGCCUCUGCAUCCCAAUCCAAAUAUUUGGCACCUCCAUGCCCCCCGCGACAACUCGUUCGCGACUUUCUACGGCACUCCUUCCUACAUAGACCACAGUACCUAUCCACUCCCCGACUCCCCCCAGAGCUCCGCAUACAUCAAGCAAGAGACCUCGCAGUCGGGAACGGAUACCGGAAAUACCAGUUUGCUCAGUUCCAUCGGUGGCAUUGAUGAUGGAAACGACGCAUCGAAGCUCAAAGGAACCGUUUAUCCUGGCAUGGGUCUUUUCGAUGCAGCAACUCCACUCCAGAAGCGUAAGCGCAACCAGAAGAAGGACGCAUCCGUGAUUCGCAACAUGGAGAUGACUUCUGCCUCGAUCAGCAUGGAUGAGGAGGUUUGGGACAUCACCAUGUCUGAGGUUACUAGGACGAGGAACGUCUAUGACAGCCCUUCAAUCGACGGAAGUCCUGAUUCCAGGGACGAGGUCCCUUCUACGACCAGGAAGCGUCGCAGCCGUCUGCCCACCUUGGCAAGCGCUGGCCCUCGUCGACAGACUAGAGCAGUCACACGUGCAGCCAACAACGCCAAGGUCGGCAGGCGCCGAUCAGCUCGUCAAGCCAAGAAGAACAUCAAGCUCGAAGGGGGACUGGAAUCUGAGGAUGACUCUGGUCAUCGUCUCGAUGAUGAUGAUGAUGAGGAGGAGGAGGCCGUCGAUGGAGCCUCAGCAAGCGAUGUUUUCCAGGACCACCAUCAGGUCAGGCAGGACAUAUCCGAGGCCGCCCUUGGGGCCGUUCCUGGCCACCGUUUUGAUCUCUCCUUUCGACACGCCAUGAACACCCUCCCGUCGAACACACCCUUGAUGACGCCAGCCUCACUCUAUCCACGGCAAGCCCAGAGCUUUUUCCCGGGCUUGGGCAUGAAAGAGAAUGAUACCAUGGCUUUCCCCGUGCACCAUCACGGCGCCAUGCAUGGCUACUUUCCUCAGAAUCGCCUCUCUAUGCAGGCAGGCGCCAGUGGAUUCAAUCCGCUCUACUUGCAGCGCCAGGACAACUACCCCUUCCUUUACGGUGGUCAUUCCUUCGAGGUGCCGAAGCCUGCGACUCCGGUUUUCCAGACCAUGAACGGCUCUGAUCUUGGCGGCCUGGGAUCCGCACCUGCCUUCCCGCCUGGCCACGGUCAGCAUGACGAGUUUAACAUGUAA